AUGGAUAGUAAAAUUAGAGAAAACAAUCAAAAGAUUGAUUCCAACUGGAAGAUUAAAAGAAGAGAAUUGAAGGAGAAGAUUUUAUAUAGAAAGCAAGAUAAGGCCGAGAAGAUGUUGAAUAACAAGAUGAAAAUUGUUGAUGGUGACGAUGCGAAAUUAAUUACAGCCGAUGAAAAGAAUGAAAAUUCAGCAAUAGAAAAUUCAGCACCAAUGGAAAACUCAUCAGAUCCAAAAGUUGUAUUAUCAUCUGAAGAUGCAAUUUUAUACUUGCAAAGAACUUUGGUGAGAUGUGCCUCUAAUAAGUAUGAAAAGGCAAUGAACGAUCUCAAAUUUGCUAUCUAUUUGGAUUACACGCUGAAAGAGACCUAUAUUGUCAAAUAUUUGGAAGGGUUUCUUCUCUAUGUGACUGGAGAUUAUUUGGAAUCUGCUCAUGCAUUCAAAAAGGCAAUAGAGUUGAAAGAAGCCAACGAUAGCAAAUCCAAUGAGGUGGAGAAGAAGGUUUUUGAAAUUCAAAAUGUUAUGAAACAUACUGCUGAGAAGGUGAUGGAGAAUUUGAAUGAAUUUCAUGAACAAACCAAAUCCUAUUUCAAACAUGCUGGAAACUUGAUAAAGAGCAAGUUGGGGAAACAAGUACAGGAAGUCACUGCUCCCCAGGAAGAACAGACAGAGAAGGUUAAAAUUCCUUCCUCAAUAAUAUCUCUUGAAGAGCUAUAUUUCAGAGCUGGAAUUUCAUAUUAUUUUUCAACCUAUUACAGAGAUUCUAUUGAAUGUUACAAUAAGGCUAUUGAAAUUGGAAAGGAUCAUCCAAAUUUGGGCCAUUAUAUUUAUAAUAGAGGACUUUCAUACUAUUAUUCACAUGAAGUUGAUUUGGCAUUGGAUGAUUUUUUACAAUCAAUGAGUAUUAUUAAUAGUGAUGAAUGUGCUAAAAUGAUUGCCUAUGUCUAUGGAAGAAAAGACAUGAAAAAGGAACGUGAUGUAUAUAUUCAAAAAGCCAAAGCUCUCAAUCCUAAUACUAAAAUAAUUUCAGCAUUUAGUUACCGCCUAUUGGAUGAUAACUCUACAGAAUUAAUAUUUUCAUUCCUACCUGUCUAUAAUAGAAUGCUCAUUUCAAGAACUUGUAAAUAUUGGAGAGAAAUUGCCAUGAAAAGUGUGGUCAAUGAUGACAUUCUUGAAAUUUCAUUUAGAAAUUUAAUUAAUAAUGCUGACAGACAGUUAGAGAAACACAAUCACACAUCAUCAUUGAAAGAAAAAUUAUUCAUGCCAAGCCAUGAAAGAGUUAAUGAAUAUUUGGCUUUGAGAGGAAUUUUCAAAAGUGGUAACUUGGAGUCAUGUUUGAAAAAUUGUGACUUUUCUAUUAAGGAAGAAUGUUUGGAAAUGCAUUUAUUCUCCUCUAUUGGAAAUGGUUUUGUACCUCACAAUUUGAGUCAAUUUGCUAAAGAAAUUACCAAUUCUAGAUUAUUUGUUGGAAUUCAGCAACAUAUUGUUCCUUAUAGUAUGAGAAGAUCUGGAGCUACAUGGGCUGCUGUGCAAAUCAUGAUCCAACACCAAAGUUUAAAGGUUGACGAGUUUGAACUAAUCAUUCGUUGGUAUGGAUGGAAGUUAACACCAGGUAACAAUGUCUAUCGUCGUUAUGUUGACAAGAAAAUCCUACAUUUAAUUGACCCUAACAGUAUACUCAUGGGUAUUAAAACUGCUGAAGAUAAUGACUACACAGAGGAGAAAUUUAUCAAUGUAUUGAGAGAAGAACCUCCAUUGGAUAAUGUAACAAGUGACUCAUUCUUUAGAAGAAUCAAGUUUCAUUUGCCUACCUAUAUUUACGAUUCAAUUGUUCAAUAUAGCUCUACUGAUGAAAAUAUUCUAUUUGGAAAGGUAUUUACAUCCUUUUUGAACAAGUGGAUUGAUGCCAAGUCAGAGCAAUUAGGAUUUGACAUGGAAAUAUCCACCAAUGAUAGAUUAGUAAUGAUCUAUAGAUUGUUUGUACAUUUUGAUAGACAAAAAUCACUCGAUUUGUACAAGGAGCUCACUUGUUACAAGGAGGAUGUUAAACAAGAUGAAGGAAUUGUCAAACAAGAUGAAGGAACUCUCCUCACCUCUACAGAAUCAUCUAUUACACCAGCACAGCCUCUCAUGUUGAAUAACAUGACAAUCCAAGACUUGAUUGCUGCCAUUCAAUUGGGUGUUCAAAAUGCUCUACCAACUACACCUAAGGCAAUCAAUGGUAAUAGUAGUGAAUUGGCAAGCAAUCCAACAAGAAAUGCUGAUAUGAAAUUGGAAAAGAUUGCCCAGUCCCAAUAUCCAUUGCCAAGAAAAGUCAAUGGUGAUGAAAUUACUGCAAAUGAAUUUUGGGAGAAGCUUACUCCAUUAGCUCCUUAUAAGAAUAAGAAUCCAAUCAUUACUAAAAGAAGAAUUAUGGAUUCAACUUGGAAAAUAGUUAAAGCUAACACACCAAAUCCAAUGUACAAGGAAUGUCCUGAGCUUUUAGAAAAGAUUAGAGGCAAUAUUGAAUAUGGUGAAUGCUUGAAUUGGUUACUUGGACAAGAAGAAGGUUUUUACGAUACCAAAUCACCAACAAUUAUUGAUUUUCCAGAUUGUUGUUACAUUUCUGAUCACAUUGCAAGAAUUGGUAACAUGAUUCCCAGAUAUACAGGAGGCUAUCGUGUCAUUGUAGAGUGUUGGAAAAUUUUGAAAAUUGUUCGGUUAGAGUCUGAAAAGUUUUUCAGAAUUGAUUUUGGCUUGUUGAAAACCGAAGUUAAAUUAUUUAAAGCCAAAGGUGCCAUAGAUACUAGUGUUGAUCACUCAUUCAUUCCAUCUGGUUCAAAUAGAAGAAGUAUCAAAAUUGAGCCCACCAUGAUCACUGAGCAAAAUUAUGGCUCUGCUGACAGAAACAGUUUGGUUAAAUAUUUGAGAAACAAAUUGGGUUCUCUCUCUACCAAAGAUAUCAAUUUGUUAAAGAUUGCAAACAUGCUUUCAUUGACUCGCUCAUUGUUGAAACCAAAUGCAAACACAGUCUCUAUCAAGCAAGAAUUUCACAAACUGGUCAGUGAAAAUAGGAAUGAAAAGAACAAGAGGAAAAGAGAAGAAGAGGAAGAGAGUGACUAA